AGCCUCCGAUGGGACUUGUAUAAAAGCUCACAUGAAGAGGGAGCUCCUCAAUUCGACCGCACCUACCCAAACAUCUCAGUGCACUCCGCCUCAUCAUGUCUCAACAGCAUCACUUCACCCUCUACACGCACAAGACCGCCCCCAACGGAUGGAAGGUCGCGAUCGUCCUCGAGGAGCUCGGGCUCGACUACCACUCGAUUUACAUCGACUUCACGAAGGACGAGCACAGGGCUCCCGAGCAUACCCAGUUCAACCCGAACGGACGCAUCCCUACGCUGGUUGACCACAAGAACAACGACUUUGCCGUGUGGGAAUCGAACGCCAUCAUCACGUACCUUGUUGACAAAUACGACACCGACGGCAAGAUCUCCGCCACGUCUUUCGAGGAGAAGACGCAACAGCUGCAGUGGCUCUUCUUUCAGGCGUCUGGACAGGGGCCGUAUUUCGGUCAGGCGGUGUGGUUCAUCAGGUCCCAUCCGGAGAAGGUUCAAAGCGCGGUCGAGCGGUACCAGAAGGAAAUCCUACGCGUCCUCGGCGUGCUUGAAAGCGUGCUCUCCAAGCAGGAGUGGCUCGUGGGUGGCAGGUUCACCGUCACAGACCUGAGCUUCGUCGUGUGGAACAAGUUGGUGCUCGAUGGGACCGCUACCCAGGGAUACUACAGCGCCGCUCAGUUCGAGAAAGACUUCCCAGCAGUGUACAAGUGGCACCAGCUUAUGAUGGAUCGCCCGACGGUGAAGAAGAUCUAUGCCUUGAGGGAAUCGCUCAAGAGCGCCUAAGUAACUGCAGGGCGUCGUCGAAAUGUUGUACAGUCCAGGCAUUGAGGCCUGAGGCAGACCCUUGUGUACGCUGAAUGCUGAAUCAGUAUCGUGAAUGUGAAGUCGAACAGAUUCCC